AUGGGUCAAAAAAGAAUCACAUUCAACAUUUCUACUUCAUUCGAAGUCCAACAAUUAUUAGGUGAAGGUGCUUAUGGUGUUGUCUGUCUUGCAGUACAUAAACCAACAAACACAAAAGUUGCCAUCAAAAAGAUUCAACCAUUUGAAAGAUCAUUAUUCUGUGUUCGUACCCUUAGAGAAAUCAAACUUUUGAGACAUUUCAAACAUGAAAAUAUCAUAUCAAUUUUUGACAUUCAAAGACCUGGGAGUUUUAAUGACUUCAAUGAAGUUUAUAUCAUUCAAGAGUUAAUGCAAACAGAUCUACAUAGAGCUAUAAUAUCACAAAGAUUGACAGAUGAUCAUGUUCAAUAUUUCAUAUACCAAAUUCUUAGAGGUUUAAAAGCAUUGCAUAGUGCAAAUGUCAUUCAUAGAGAUUUAAAACCUUCAAAUUUAUUACUUAAUGCUAAUUGUGAUUUGAAAAUUUGUGAUUUUGGUCUUGCAAGAAUAGAUGAACAAAAACAAGGCAAUUAUGCCAACUCUCCAGAAAAUAAAAAUAUUAAUAUGAUGACCGAAUAUGUCGCUACAAGAUGGUAUAGAGCUCCAGAAAUCAUGUUAACUGCAUCAAAAUAUACCACAGCUAUUGAUGUUUGGUCUGUCGGGUGUAUAUUAGCUGAAUUAUUGAUGGGAAAUCCAUUAUUUCCAGGUAAAGAUUAUAGAAAUCAAUUAAUUUUGAUUUUUCAAGUUCUUGGUACUCCAACUGGUGAAGAUUAUCAGAGUAUAAAAUCCAAAAGAGCAAGAGAGUACAUUAGAUCUUUACAAUUUUAUAAAAAAGUUCCUUUUGAAAGAAUCUUACCUUAUGCAAAUCCAUUAGCUAUUGAUUUAUUAUCUAAAAUGUUAACAUUUGAUCCAAGAAAAAGAAUUACUGUUGCUGAAGCUCUUGAACAUCCAUACUUAACCACAUAUCAUGACCCAACUGAUGAACCUGAUGCACCACCUAUUCCAAAAGAAUUUUUCGAAUUUGAUCAAGUUAAAGAUCAACUUUCAGUUCCGGAAUUGAAGAAAAUGUUAUAUGAUGAAAUUAUGAAUAGAAAAUAA